AUGUCGUCUUGUUUCUGCAUGAACUGGAUUCUUCUGGUCCUGUUUACAGGCCCCACAGUAUCAGAAUCGGUUGUGGAAGGAGAGGUUGGUCAGAAUGUCACUGUGCCCUGCUUUUACAGUGUUAAGAGUGUAUAUGACAUCACAUCAAUGUGCUGGGGUCGUGGCAGCUGCCCUUCUUCAAAAUGUUAUCAGCCCAUUAUCUGGACAGAUGGAUGGAAGGUGACAGCACAGUAUGACAGCAGGUACAUGUUGAAAGGGAACCUGCUGAUGGGCGACGUGUCGCUCACGAUCAUGAAUGCCAAGGAAGCAGACAGUGGGACAUACUGCUGCCGUGUGGAGAUCCCAGGGUGGUUCAAUGAUCAGACAAGUAAUCAUGAGGUUGUGAUAGAGAAAGCUAGGAUCUCUACUGCAAGUCCUCACACUUACACCUCUCAACAGACCUCAGCUCCUGGGAAUGCCAGCGAAUCCUCCUUUACCAUCACAAGAACGUGGCCAUCGGUUUCUGUUGCGGAAGCUCCUCAGACUGCCUCUGGUCCCUGCUCAAGCACCUCAGACUGCUUGGAUGUAACCGCAAACCUGCAGAAUGUGUCUGUUACACUUCCCAGUCAGCAGCAUUCACAAAAUGAGCUAUACAUUGGGAUUGGUUUAUCUGUGAUACUUCUAGCCAUCCUGAUUUUGGCUCUGUUCCUCACUAGACAGUAUUUAUUCAAUACGAAGAAGACGGGUGACUUUUCAAACUUUGUUGCAUUUUGGAGGCCAGAAGGUGCAGGGAACCACAGUGCACUGGAAGAUGAUGUCCAUGCAGAGGAAAACAUUUAUAUAGUGCACUAA